AUGAUUCGAGGCGUCACGGUCCGACCUAUCAAUAAGGGUGACGAGUAUUGGGAAGCAUCUUGGACCAAGUUCUCGGACGCCAUCAGCGAAAAUCGGGUGAAGCGAGAACAUCAGCAAGAGUUUGAAGCCUGGGUUGUCAGGAAGUGGUUCCGCGACAACUACAUACUCCGCCUCAACCAAAUCAUGGCCAAGCAACAUCGAACGGAUACGAGCCUUUGCAUGGGCCAUGUCCUCUACGAAAGAUACAACAUACUCAGGCGUUUCAGUCCCCUGUAUGAGCGUGGAGGGCUCGGGAUGCCUCCGCUUGACUUUCCCAUGCAGAGGACGAGCGUCUCUCUUGACCGCCAGCUGCGCAACUACACUAAGAUGUUCUGGAAGCGUGCCGUCGACGAAAAAGACAUCAAUAGCCAGGAGCAGCAUUAUACUCCCUAUCUCCCGGUGCAAUCAAGACCGCCAUUCAGACUGCUAGUCAACUCACAACACCUUCUUGGAAGUCCCGAGGCUGGCAGCACCAAUCUGCUUGUUAUCACAACAUCAAAGACGAAAGAAGUCUCGGCGACUCCAGAGUUGCACCAGCGCAAGAGAGGUCAGACAUUUGCGGCAACCAAACGUCAGACUUUCGAUGAUAAUAGCAGCGCACCGCCAGCCAAGAAGGCGCGCAAGAUGAGAGAGCCUGGCCCCCCAGAUGACCCGGAAGAUUCAUCAACUGUACACAAAGUGGAAACCAAGGCUAGGGCUCGUGCGACUCCGGGCGAGAGUGGCACGUCGGCUGCAGUCAACAGUAUUCCUCAAGACAGCAACUUGAGCAGCGCAACUUGCGAAGGUGCAGAGUAUUAG